UAUAUAUAUCUAGUACAACAUAGAAAGGAUGUUUUAGGAUUAUGAGUAUUCCUUUAAUUUUUAAGAAGAACAAUAAGAUUCAAUACAUGUACACAAUAGUUAAAAAUAUGAAAUCCAGUCGCUUUUACAUUAAGUACCAUUUCCUCGUAAAUGAACAUACAAAAGAUAAAUGUCAAUAACUAUAAAUGCCUGUUUAAUGUUUCUUUUUUGUUACGAUUAUAUAUGUAAAAUUAGUUCUUGUAAUGAAUACUGCUUAUAGGAAUAAGGAUUAUGUUUCACUUGAAAUAAGUUUGCUUUGAUAUUUUAAAUGACUGAAUAAAAUGCGGACAAAAUAUUUUAACCAUACACGUAAAGAUUCAAGUACGUUACAUACAAUAACUAUAAGAAUAUAUUUUUAAAAACGUAAGAAUUUGUACUUUAGAUAGCAAUGCGUUUAAAAGUUAUUUUAUGAAUUCACUUUAUUAAUUACUGAUUUAAAAUCUCCAUCUCUCCAUCUCUGAUUUGAAAUCCUCUACAAACGCCUUUUAUAGUCGUUCAACUUUUCAGCUCACAGAAAAGAACAUUACGCGUAUUCCUAGCAAUCGCCCAAAGACUCGAACGUGUGCUUCGAUAAAGCUCGCUUAACUUUCAUCGACACAUCGAUAACUUUGCGUUCCAAGAUGUUAUUACGCCCUAGAAUCCCUAACAUAAUUUUAGAACCAGAAUUUCUGUGCAAAACAAUUCCGUCGCUUUGUCACGCUUAACGGCUCAAUCAUCGAAACAUGUAUCAUAACGCACGAAUUAUGAUAAAAAAGAAACUGUCUUUCGAAUAAAAGCAAUCCGUUUCCCAGAUGCGCUUAAGGAUGUACUGGACGUCGACGGAGCAAGUGUACGAAAUACAGCCGCUGGAGGGUAACAGUUCCGCUCAACGUUACACUCAACAGCCGAAACAACGAUUCUCUGAAAUGCCUACUCCGUCGGUUUCGCCGACGUCUUCUCUCCGAAAGCGCGUCUCGGAACUGCCAAGAGCCGCGAGUGCAUCCGUUUCCGGUGCUGCGGGCAUUGUCUGCUCUAAUACGGAUCUGAUAUCGAUCCUAAGCUCGUUAGCGUCUUCCGCGACGGAAAUCAACCGAUGCGGCGAGGAAGCGCCGAGUUCGCAGGACGAUAGCAAAUCAAACUGGCCCGGAAAAACGACCGAACAGAAAGGAAGUCGAUCGAAGAGCUUCCGUUCCAACAGCUUCGACGUGUCGACAUUGCACGGAGCUAAAAGUAAGCUUAGCGGAUCCUCGAAAGCCGCUAUUUCGACCUUUAUGGCACCGUCGAAUUGGUUCACGAAGAGACACCAACCGAAGAAGCCGGAAGAUUUAGUAACGGCCAGUUUAAGUCUCAAGUUCGAUAAAUCGAAGGUAGUGAAGGCGGUGAAGGAAACGUUGGGUAAAAAGUCCCCUAAUAGCGAGGUCAAACACAAAGUCGUAUGGGACAACACUAGUGGAACCAAAGUGGACGCUCAGGUAAGUUGUAUUUCUCGUUACGAUAUCGUUUCUUGUUUAAGAGCCAUCGUAGGUGAAAGGAGGAAUGAAAAAGAAAAUCGUAAAUCGUAAAAUCUCUUCCAGAGAAUGCACUUUAUCGUAAAAAUUAAUAAAGUCAACAACAACGUGAGAUGUCUAAAUGUCAGCUUUAAGAACAGUAGACUUGCCGGCCUUCAAACUUAAAUGUCCUUUCCAGUAGUAAAACUUAAAUAACAUUAACAACGGCAGUAAUAUUCACGCCUACAGAUGGAGGAUAUUA